AUGUCAACAGCAGUGGUAACUUCUACUCCUAUGAAAGAAAAGAAGAAGCAUUCAUCACCGAAUAAACAAAAUCGAACAGCUGUUGCUGGUACAUUAAAACGUAAUCCAAAAUAUGAAUUGAAAAAGGAUGAACUUAUUCAAUUAUUGGGACGUUUCGAAGCAGAACUUCAAGCAAAAGAAAUUGCAUUAGCUGCAUUAAAGUCCGAAAAGGUGAAAACACUUUUAUCAAAUGCACGAUUUGGUCGUCUCAGUUGUCAAAGUGAUCCCUAUAGUACAUUACUUCGAGAUAGUGAACAUGUUAAAGAAGAUGUACUCAAUGAACAGAUACCAAUGAAAAAUGCCUAUGAAACACAACUUGUUCAACUUGAAGAACUUAUAAUACAACAAAGAAAACAAGUUCAAACAUUAAAAAUUGCACUUGAUAAUACAGAAAAACGAUUUAUCUUGUUAGCUGAAGAACUUGAAAAAGAACGAAAAGAAAAAGAUCGAUUACAAACAUAUCAAAGUCAGUUAUUACUUGCUCAAGAAGAAAAAUUUCAAUUAAGAAAUGAACUUAACAAUGUUCAAUUACAUAAUCAAGAUUUGGAAUUACAAUUAAGUCAAGUCAUGAAACUUCUUGAAAAUGAACAUGAACGACAUAAAAAAUUUAUAAUCCUUCUUUUAAAUGAACGUAAACUUGAAAAUGAACAACAUAAAGAACAAUUAAAACAAUUAUCAAAUAAUCAUAUGACUAAUGGUACACAACGUGAAACAAAAUUAAAAGAAUUACAAAUAGAAAAUGAACGUAAUAAAGAUGUUUUAACAGCACGUAUUAAACAAUUACAAAAUGAAAUUGAUUUAUUAGUAAAAGAAAAGAAACAACAAAUAUUAGUGAAUAAUAUUCCAAUAUCAGAUGGAGAAAUUGUUGAAACAAGUUCGAAACCUCAACAUAAACCACGACAAGUACCAUCAACAAUCACUCAAACACCUGUUCCAAUGAAUGAUCCAGUACCAUUACCACUACCACAACCGCCACCGCUACCCAAUCCUGAAAAGCCAUCUACAUCAACAACAACGAUAGCAUCGGGAGGUGGUAUUCGCCGUCCAACUAUUAUUCCAGCACCUUCGUCAUCAAAAAAUGUUAAUAAUCCAAUACCAAAAACCGCACCUAUUCCACCAUCAGUUCCAACACGUGUACAACAAGCACCAUCAUUGACAAGUUCAACAUCAUCGAUUCCUGAAUUACCCUCAUCACCAAUACCUACUGUUGCUAAACGUAAUGUUAUACCUACUCGUUCAGUAUCAAAUGUUCCACAAUCUCCAAUGAUGUCCAAUCUUCGUUCGUCACCAAGCAAUAGUCAGACAACAACAUCAUCAUCAUCAUCUAUUGCAACUGUUUCAUCAACAGUAGCAAACAAUGUAACACGUCCCGGUGGUAUUCCACGUUUAACAAAAAGUUCAAAUCAAAUUGUUAAACCGACAACAAAAACUGGUCCAGCGAAACGACCUGGCCAGACUAGCUUUUCAUCAGAACACAAAAUUGAUGAUCUACAAACUCUGUUAGAAAUUAUGCAUACAGUUGCUGAAAAUCGUUUAACCCCUCUACAAGAUACUAAUGCCGAUUUAACAUCAUACACAGACAAGAGCGAUUUAAAUCGUACAUCCUCAACAUCAUUUUCAUUAACAUCAUCAUCAUCAUCAAUAUCAUCAUCAUCAUCACCGCCACCACCACCAACUUCACCAUUGUCAACGUCAUUGCCAGCUCCACAUUCCGAUAUAAUUGUUUUUCGAGCUGCUGAAAAUGGAGAUACUGAACAACUGCUGAAAUUUCUUAAACUUGGUUCUAAUCCAAAUAGUCAAUUACCUGAUGGGAAUUCCUGUCUUCAUCUAGCGGCAGUCAAUGGUCACAUUGAAUGUAUUCGUCAUUUACUUAAAUUCGGUGCUAAUUCAUCCAUAGAAAAUAAUAGUGGUUUAUCACCAUGGCAUAAUUUAUCCAGAUUGAAUGAAGCAAUUGAACUUGAAUGUUUGCAGUUGUUUGUUGAUAUGAGUCAAACUCUACCACCUACAGAUCUGAUUUUUGAUGCUAUUGAACAUAAUCAUACAAAUACAUAUGGUUAUUUAUUAUCAACUAUGCAUGAAGAACUCAAAGAUGAUCCUUCAUAUCUAUCACGUUUAUUAAGAACAUCAUUAAGAUCUUCAAAUACUUAUUUUCUUGAAUGUUUAUUUGCUAUUAUAACCAUGCAAGAUUUUAUUCAAUUUUUUGAUCCUAAUACAUUUAUAUCUAAUGAAUGUUUUGCUGUUUUAUCAGCAUUACAUGAUGCUGAAACUGAUUUAAAACCAAUUCAUGUAAUUGUUCGUAUUGCAUCAUCUAAUCGUGAACAUCGAUAUUCUUAUGGAAUUGGUACAAUAUCUAUAACACCAGAAUUAUCUUGGCUUGAUCUUGAACGAAAAUGUAUAAAAAUAUAUACCGAUCAUAUUACACAAAUUGAUUCACCAUUUGAUUAUAUUAAAUCUUCUAUUGGUUGUUCAGCAAAUCAUAUCGAUACGUUAACACUUGGUUUAACUAAAUGGCAUUAUCAAGAUAGUCCACUUGAUGGAUCACCUAUGCCAUAUACAGCUGCACGUGAACAAAAUUCUAUUAUGAUUCAACUUAAAGGCAUUGAUCUAAAUGCAACAGAUUCUUUAGCAUAUAAUUAUUUUAUUCCAAGUCAAAAUUUAAAAAAUUUUAUUCGUUAUAUUGAACAAAAUCUUUAUGUUGGUGUUUAUGGAGCUGCAUAUUUACAAAAGAAAUCUUUAUUUGAAGAUCUAAUGAGAUAUUUAGAACGACCAAUGGCAUUUUCAACUACUCCGAAAUUUAAAGUUAUUAGAUUUGAAUUUGAAACUUUAACAAGCAUGGAUGAUUGUAUUGAUGAACUUGUUGCACAAGAUUUUUUUCGUACUCAUCCAUGGUUAAAUGAACAACAACAAUUUGUAAAACAUGUACUUUAUUUUGCUAAUAUACAUAAUAGUAUUGGUGCUGAUAUACUUAAUUUAUUAUUAAAUAGUGAAUCAAUUUCUGAUUCAUGUCAAAGAUUAUAUUAUUCAAAAAGAGAUAAUCAACAAUCAACAAUAAUUUAUUAUUUCCCAUCCAUUUUUCAUAUAUUUAUUACUAUGAGUAAACGUACAUGGUCAACAGAAAAUGAAAUUUAUAAAAAAUUUAAAUGGAUACCAUUCAAAAUUGAUAGUGUACCAUGGAAUGGUUUACUUAAACGACAUUUAUGGAGACGUAUGAUCGAUACUAAUGUUUGUGAAAAUCGUCCAGUUGAUAAUGAAUUGAUAAAAACAUUGCAAUGGAUAACAAAUGUUUGGCAACGUUAUAAUGAAUGUUUACAGAAAUUAAGUCUUCAAGAUGCAUUACUUGGACCAGCUCUAUUUUUUGAUUGUCCUAUGGAACGUGAUGCUAUUUUUGAUUGGUUACAAAUGAAAUGGAAUACAAUAGUAGCGCCACUUGUUCGUGAACUUUCAAUGAAUAAAUGUGCUCAACCAAAACCAAAAGGAUCAACAUCAGCGUCAGCAGCUGCCAACGCUAUUGCUUCAUCUUUACGUGCCAAUAGUCUUGAAAUUAGUACACCAUAUGAAUCCGUAGCAUGUACAGCUCUCUAUGUAUUAUUACAUCGAGCUGUGUCACGUGAUUGUCCAUUAACAGGACAAGAACGUGAACAAUAUUUAUUAAAUUUUGUUGGUAGUCGUUUGGAAGGUGGUGGUUCAUCGUCGAUGAUGUCUUCGGCAGCAUCAAGUCGUGCUAGUACCCCUCAACCAUCUAAUUAUUGUGACUUUGUAUCUAUACAACUCGAGUGA